AGCAUUCAGUGAGCUCGAGCCAGUUUAGCAACCGUGUUUCUGGCUCUUGAUUUCCGUUUUUUCGACCGGAAGCUUGUAUUUACCGAUACGAUAUCGUGGAAGUCCCUCCGAGUUCGCCGUCUGCGAACUCGCUAUUAACGAGACCUCUAGCAGUGGAUUAGGAGGUAUGACGCUUAUCUUUCGAGAUUAUGGUUUCUUUCGCCAGCUACUCUGGAUGUGUUCGGGUAUCCUGGUGUUCGGAGGUCUUCACCAAUUCCAGCUGCUAUCUCUUUGGUUGCAGCAUCCAUCAGGUCACUUUGUUAUCCUCCCUCUUUAUCACACAACUAUGCGGAAGGCGGGGUGGUGGGGUGCCACGAGUGACUAUUCAUGAUACCUCUAACAUUCCGGCUUAAUGCUGACAUGCCGCAAUUAAAUUUACGGUAAUUUGACGUUUGGCAUUCCGAGGCGUAAAAAAUGUAGGCAAACGAGAGGUGGUGUCGACAAUUAUGAGAUACUGUACACUGCACAGUACUCGCUGCGCACGAGUAGUGAAAAUUUGUCAUUAGAGAAAUACGCAUUGCAUUUCGGGUGCCAUGGGGAUAGACUAGCAAGACAAACUUUCCUUCAAGGUAUCGAGAACCCUAACCCCGCGAGAGGCAAUUUGACUUCCCGAUUGUGACUAGCGCAGAGCUCACCACCCAACGCGUCCCCGUUGCUGUCGCCCCAACGCGUCAAUUUCCCCGGCCAAGUCGAACCCUCUCCAACCACCAAAGAGCAGAAGCGAUGGGCAAAUCCAAAACCCCCAGCAAUGCUCCCGGAAAAGCCCCGCAGGGGAAGCAGCGCAUGAUAUCUAGUUUCUUUGCCCCGAAGCAAUCCCCAGGAAAGACCAGUACGGACAAUUCGUCUGCCACACCAACGAUAAAGAAGAGGAAGCCCGAUGAGAAGGAGAACAAGACCGCCGACCAGGAGGAGAAUGAGAGAGAACCGGACUCCCCACCACGGACUCGCAGGAGGGUAACCCAGAAGCGAGUUCUCGAGGACGCCGAAGAUGUGGAGCAAGCGACAGAUGAUGAUGACUACUACAGCAAGCCAGGGACUACCAGUAUCGCAAAGAAGAAAUUGAAAAGGAGUCCUGAACCGAUGGCAAAUCUAGAGUCGGGGGGGGAGAAGAACGAGGAGACAAGAAAAAAGGAGGCAAAUUUCUUAGCACCAGCGGCGGCGUCCCGAACCAAGAAGGCGGCAGACUCGGGAAGAACUCUCAAGUAUCUCUACAACCCUUUUGCGGACGCCAUGGAUAUAGACGGCGAACCUGUUGAUUCGGCUACGAAGAAGAGGAGGGAGAAAUUGCACGAGAAAUUCGUACAAAAGUUGGGGAAGCCGGGCCCUGUGCCCGAGGCCCAUGGGGUGGAGGUUGAGGAAGAGGCGGCAGAGCAGGAUCCCGAGGAGCCGGAGGAUGACGAACCAGGGCCUAUUGCUAAGAGAUUUGGGGGGAGCGCAAAAGGGAAAGCUCCACCCAAGGGUGGUAAAAAGCUUACCCCGUUGGAACGGCAGGUUGUCGAGAUCAAGAGGAAGAAUCCUGACACACUUCUGGUGAUCGAAGUGGGAUACAAGUUCAGGUUUUUUGGUGAGGAUGCGAGGACUGCGAGUCAAGUUUUGAGUAUAAUGUGCAUUCCGGGCAAGAUGCGAUUCGACGAGCACUCAUCAGAAUCACAUCUCGAUAAAUUCGCCUCAGCUAGCAUCCCAACCCACCGUCUUCAUGUCCAUGUAAAACGGCUCGUAACUGCUGGCCACAAGGUUGGAGUGGUUCGCCAGGUGGAAACAGCAGCUCUCAAAGCAGCAGGAGAUAAUAGAAAUGCGCCAUUUGAGAGAAAGUUGACCAACCUAUAUACUAAAGGCACAUACAUUGACGAUGUGGAUGGGUUGGACGGUGAUCUGGCUGCAGGGGCUGGAAGUGGGGGAGCUGCGGGUACUGGGUUUAUGCUCUGUAUUGCCGAGAAGCCCGGAGGUGGCACAGGUAUGGAUGAGAAAGCGCAUGUGGGGAUUGUUGCUGUGCAGCCUGCGACGGGGGACGUGAUAUAUGAUGAAUUCGAUGAUGGUUUUAUGAGAAGUGAAAUCGAGACCAGAUUGUUACACAUUGCGCCAUGCGAAUUCCUUAUCGUUGGAGAGUUGACAAAAGCUACAGAAAAGUUAGUUUCCCACCUGGCAGGUAGCACAACCACCGUUUUGGGGGAUCAGAUACGUAUAGAGCGUGUGGAGGGUAAGAAAGAUGCGAAGAUUUUAGCCCCGAGUCAUGUCUCCAAAUUCUAUGCGGAUAAGCUUAAAUCAGCCGAUUCUCCAGAAGCCGCAGAGUCAAACAGACUUCUCGAGAUUGUCAUGAAUCUACCGGAUCUUGUGACCAUCUGCCUCUCGGCUCUAAUAACCCAUCUCUCCAGCUAUGGGCUCGAACACAUCUUUGACCUUACAAAAUACUUCAAAUCCUUCAGCGCGAGGUCUCACAUGCUACUCAAUGGCAACACUUUAUCAAGUCUCGAGAUCUACCGCAACCAGACCGAUUUUUCGACCAAGGGAAGCUUGUUCUGGACUUUGGAUCGGACAAAAACAAAAUUCGGGAAGAGGCAGCUCCGGAAAUGGGUCGGAAGGCCUUUGUUGGACAAAGAGCGUCUGGAGGAAAGGAUAGAAGCUGUCGAAGAGAUCAAGGGUGGGAAGAGUCCAAAACUGGAGCGAUUGAGAGAAUUGCUUUCAAAAAUAUCCUAUGACCUAGAAAAGGGCCUCAUCCGUAUAUACUACGGAAAGUGCUCUCGCCCAGAACUCCUAUCGAUCCUACAGACAUUAAACAGAAUUGCCAACACCUUUCCCCCCGUUGAUAAACCUGAGGAUGUGGGCUUCAAUUCUAAGAUCUUGAAUGAGGCUCUCGCAAACCUUCCUCGGAUUAAGGAUGAUGUGGAGGCUUAUCUAGAUGUCUUCAAUCAUUCACAGGCAGCCAAAGAUGACAAGUAUGACUUUUUCAAAGACGGUGACAACUAUGAAGCUAUCAACGAACACAAAAUGGGGAUCGCUGGUGUUGAAGGUGACUUAAAUGAGCAUUUGAAUGAGAUCGCAGCAGUGCUGAAAAGAAAGGUCGUGUACGUCAGCGUGUCUGGUGUAGAGUAUCUUGUCGAAGUUUCAAACGAGAAAAACAUACUGAAAAGCGUGCCAGCAACCUGGGUCAAGAUGAACGGAACGAGGAAGGUUUCCCGGUUCCACACACCUGAAGUAAUCAAGUUGCUUCGCGAACGUGAUCAGCACAAGGAAUCGCUUGCUGCGGAAUGCAAUCGGGCCUUUGCAAAGUUCCUCGCCGAGAUCUCGACCAAAUACCAAGAAUUUCGCGACUGCGUUCAAUCUCUCGCAACCUUGGACUGCCUCAUUUCCCUCGCAGCCGUCGCCAACCAACCCGGCUACGUCAAGCCCGAGUUCACGGAGGAGCCAUGCAUAGAAGUGCGCGAAGGCCGACACCCAAUGGUGGAGCAGCUCCUCCUGGACGCCUACGUCCCCAACGACAUCCAUCUCUUCUCGGACAAGCAGCGCGCAAUGAUCGUCACUGGACCAAACAUGGGCGGCAAGUCCUCAUUCGUACGUCAGGUGGCGCUGAUAGCCAUAAUGGCCCAAGUGGGCAGCUACGUCCCUGCCUCCGCGGCGAGGGUUGGCAUGUUGGACGCGGUGUUCACGCGGAUGGGCGCCUUCGACAACAUGAUGGCGGGCGAGUCCACCUUCAUGGUGGAGCUGAACGAGACCAGCGACAUCCUCAAGCAGGCCACCAACCGCAGCCUCGUGAUCCUCGAUGAGCUCGGCCGCGGAACCAGCACGCAUGAUGGUGUGGCUAUCGCGAACGCCGUUCUCGACUACGUCAUCACCGAGCUUAAGAGUAUGUGCCUAUUCAAUGCGAUGAACGCGCAUAUGAAAUUUGAGGAGGCUAAUGACGGAACCGAAAAUAUCACAUUCCUAUACCAAAUUGGAGAGGGCGUCGCACAUAGAUCUUAUGGUCUGAACGUUGCAAGACUAGCUGGCCUACCGCAACGCUGCAUAGAAGGUAAUCCCCGCACCACCCCUCCAUUCAUCCCUCUCACUUCAGAGACUAACACCCACCCAGUCGCAGGUGUAAAAUCCUCCCAAUUAGAGAAGGAACUUAAAGAGCGACAGACUACAAAAUGGGCCAAAACCAUUCUCAGCGCCACUGAGAAAGAAGCAGAUUUUGACCCUUUGCAGUUAUUGGCUAGUAUCGAGAACCUUUAAAUGGUUUUCUCUUUCCCCUGUUUCUUUUUCUUUUCUUUUUGACUAGAGUCGUGGUAAUAGUGGGUGGUGAUUUUUUAUUUUUUAUCUUAUUUCCCU